AUGGAGCACAAAGCCCCUGACACCGACGAGCGAGAGUUCGCUUUCCACGACAAGAACAAUGCCACUGCAGAGCUUGCAAAGGGCGAUGUUACUCUCCGCGAGGAAGCAAACGAGGCCACAGCGGAGGAACACAGUGCGACCCUGCUUGGGGCCAUAAGCAAGCAUCGCAAGGCCGUUGCCUGGGCCGGAGUCGUCAGCCUAUGCAUCAUCAUGGACGGCUACGACUCGGCUCUUAUGGGCAGUCUCUUCGGUUUCCCGGCCUUUCAGAAGUACUAUGGCCACAGCAUUGGACAUGGUAAAUACCAGCUUGAUCCCAAGUGGCAGUCAGCUCUGGGCUUUGCAAGUCCAAUUGGCAAUCUCAUCGGCGUUACUGUGAACGGUAUUGGUACCGACCAUUUUGGCCACAAGCCGGUUCUCAUCUGGAGCAUGGUGGCACUGAUGGGGCUCGUGUUCAUCCAGUUCUUUGCAACAUCCGUACAAGUCCUCUUCGUCGGCCAGCUCCUUUGCGGUAUUCCAUGGGGCAUUUUCUCAACCCUCGCACCAGGCUAUGCCUCCGAGGUAGCCCCCCUUGCCCUACGAAGUUACUUCGAGACCUGGGUCGUUUGCUGCUGGGGUAUCGGUCAAUUCGUAUCAUAUGCAGUCCUCUUCUCGCUCCAGCAUAGAGAUGACCAUUGGGCAUUUCGAAUCCCGUUCGCCAUUCAAUGGGUCUGGCCGGUCCUCAUCCUUCCCAUCGUUGUGUUCUGCCCCGAAUCGCCAUGGUGGUAUGUGAGGCAGAACCGCCUACAAGACGCCAGAAAAUCUAUCGAGAGGCUCAUGAACAACCACACCAACGAGCUAGCCGAUGCUCCCGAGAAACAACUAGCCUUGAUGAUCACCACGGAUAGGCUCGAAAGAGAAGCCAACGAGGGUACUUCGUACUGGGAUUGCUUCCGAAGAUCCGACAUAUGGCGAACUGAAGUUGCCUGUAUCUCCUGGGGCAGCCAGAUCUUGACUGGAUUCGUCAUCUCCGGCUUCUCCACCUAUUUCUUCGAGCAGGCGGGACUUGCCUCGAGCAGCGCCUUCAAGAUGACUCUAGGCAUGGGUGGCAUUCAUCUGCUGUGCAACGGGUUGUCAGCAGCUAUCAGUGGCAACUAUGGACGUCGCAGGCCCUACAUGAUUGGGUGUUUCUUCAUGGCCAUUCUCCAGAUUAUAAUUGGCAUUCUCGCUGCCGUUGGAGGAAGCAAAUCGCUUGGGUACGCCACCUCGGCCGUCUUCUUGAUCUGGUAUGCUGUGUGGUGCCUGACUCUGGGACCAUUGCCGUACGUCAUCAACAGUGAGGUUUCUUCCACUCGAUUGCGAUCCAAGACGUUUGUUCUUGCCAGAGGCACAUACAUCGUCCUGAAUAUCGUCAAUUCAGUGGUGUCACCGUAUCUGUUGAACCCAACCGCAGCGAACUGGAAGGGCAAGACCGGAUUCUUGACUGGUGGCCUCAACGCUCUCUGUCUACUGUGGGCUUUCAUGCGGCUUCCAGAGACGGCCAAUCGGACCUUCGAAGAGCUGGAUAUUUUGUUCACCACCAAAGGCAUCAACGCGAGGAACUUCGGUAAGGCUGAGAUUGCUCGAGAGGGCGAAGAAGUCUCGGUAAGCUUUUGA